AUGCUGAGCUAUCUGCAGCCUUUGGGAUGUGUGCAUGGUGGCGAGGGGCUGACUGAUAUGAGAUUACUGAUUACUUCUUUUAAUGAGUCAAGAAACUGCUCAUUUAUGAUAAUUAGCACCAUGGAGCCUCAGGUGUCAAAUGGACCGACAUCCAAUACAAGCAAUGGACCCUCCAGCAACAACAGAAACUGUCCUUCUCCCAUGCAGACAGGCGCAGCCACAGAUGACAGCAAAACCAACCUCAUCGUCAACUAUUUACCCCAGAAUAUGACCCAAGAAGAAUUCAGGAGUCUCUUUGGGAGCAUUGGUGAAAUAGAAUCCUGCAAACUCGUGCGAGACAAAAUUACAGGACAGAGUUUAGGGUAUGGAUUUGUUAACUAUAUUGAUCCAAAGGACGCAGAGAAAGCCAUCAACACUUUAAAUGGACUCAGACUCCAGACCAAAACCAUAAAGGUGUCGUAUGCCCGUCCGAGCUCGGCCUCAAUCAGGGAUGCUAACCUGUACGUCAGUGGCCUUCCCAAGACUAUGACCCAGAAGGAACUGGAGCAGCUUUUCUCGCAAUACGGUCGCAUCAUCACCUCACGCAUCCUGGUUGAUCAAGUCACAGGAGUCUCCAGAGGGGUGGGAUUCAUCCGCUUUGAUAAGAGGAUCGAGGCAGAAGAAGCCAUCAAAGGGCUGAAUGGCCAGAAGCCCAGCGGUGCUACAGAACCGAUUACUGUGAAGUUUGCCAACAACCCCAGCCAGAAGUCCAGCCAGGCCCUGCUCUCCCAGCUGUACCAGUCCCCUAACAGGCGCUACCCAGGCCCUCUCCACCACCAGGCUCAAAGGUUCAGGCUGGACAAUUUGCUUAAUAUGGCCUAUGGCGUAAAGAGGUUCUCCCCGAUCACUAUUGACGGGAUGACAAGCCUUGUGGGAAUGAACAUCCCUGGUCACACAGGAACAGGCUGGUGCAUCUUCGUCUAUAACCUGUCCCCUGAUUCUGAUGAGAGCGUCCUCUGGCAGCUCUUUGGCCCCUUUGGCGCAGUGAACAACGUCAAGGUCAUCCGUGACUUCAACACCAACAAGUGCAAGGGAUUCGGCUUCGUCACCAUGACCAACUACGAUGAGGCAGCCAUGGCCAUCGCCAGCCUCAAUGGUUAUCGCCUGGGAGACAGAGUGUUGCAAGUUUCCUUUAAAACCAACAAGGCCCACAAGUCCUGA